AUGGGAUCCGGCCUGGUGUGGACUUCUGUAUGGGCUCUGUGUUACAGCACUGGUGUAUUGGUCCUGAGCAUCACGACCAUCAUUUUGUAUAGGCUGUUUCUUCACCCGCUUUCACGAGUCCCUGGUCCGAGACUUGCCGCCGUAUCCAACAUAUGGCAUGCGUAUCACGCUCGAAAUGGACGCAUGUUCGAAUUGGGCCGGACACUGCACCGGCAGUAUGGUGAAGUAGUCCGGGUUGGGCCUAAUGAGCUGUGGUUCAACAGCACAGAAGCCUUUGACAAAAUUUACAUAGCAACGAGCCUGAUUACGCCCAAGAUAGAUUGCUUCUUGAGACCUCAUUUUGCCGAUGGCUUGGAUCUACUCUCUGAGAGAAACAUGAAGCGCUACCGCCUUCAAAGGCGAUUAAUUGGGCGAGUUUACCAAACGGCCAAUGUUACCAAAUUCGAAGCAGCAGUCGACGAUGUCAUCAAGCAAGCGAUUGCUCGACUGGAAGCCUUGGAUGGUGCUGAGAUAGACCUGAAAGAAUGGAUGCAUAUCAUCGCCGUGGAGUGUCUUGGGGCUUCAGUUGUCUCUUGGUCCCCAGGACUGCUCAAAGCUGGAACAGACUGGGGUUCCAGCGCCCAUAGUUACCUUGGCUGGAGAAGGAAGAGCGUCAUGGGUCUCUUCCCAACUCUAACCAAGUUGACGCUGCGUUCGAACUACUUCGAGUGGAUAUUCAGGGAUGUCUGGGACCUGAAGUAUGUUGCUUCGCCCAACUUCAGAUCAUUCUUUCCUGAUGUGGGCAAGCGAAUCUCUCGAAGGAUCAAAUCUGCCUUGAAACCAAAUGCUUCUAAAGAUAACCGGGCUGAUCUGCUGGCAGAUCUAAUCCAGCUUCAUAAUGACAAGCCUGAUUUCACUGAGAGCUAUCUCAGGAAAAUGGCUGUGACCAAUUUUGGAGCGGGACAUGAGACAAUGGCAUCGACUUUGACGUCGAUUUUCACCAUGAUUGGCACUCAUGAUGACGUACAGAAGAAAGUGAAACAAGAGAUUCGGGGUGCCACAGAUGCUUCGUCAUAUGCAGGUACAAGUCAACUGCAAUAUACGCGUGCAGCAAUAAGAGAGGCCAUGCGCCUCCAUCCGGUCCUGAGCAUGUCGCUUCCUCGUCGCGUUCCUGAUAUGGGCUCACACAUUCACGGUUACUUCAUCCCAGGAGGCACGACAGUCGGGUGCAACCCCGUGGCGUUGCAUCGAAAUGCAAAUAUCGUGAUAGGACCAGAUCCAGAGGCCUACCACCCGGACCGCUGGCUCGGUGGCGAGACUUUGGACAUGCGCCUCAUGGACCGAUACAGCCUCAACUGGGGCGGCGGACCGAGGACUUGUCCGGGGAAGAACUUGGCCGAAAUGGUUGUUUAUAAAGUGGUAUCAGCCUUGUUAGAACGAUUCGAUGUGGAGGUGGCAACACCGCCGGAAAUUGGGCAGCCCUCAUACUUUCUGUCAAUGAUCACGGGGGUCAAGGCCCGGUUCUCGUCUGUCGCUCCACAGAUGGCGGGGAAAGAUUACCUCUAA